AGAGAACCACAGCGAGAUAGAGCGGCGUCGCCGUAACAAGAUGACCCAGUACAUCACGGAGCUGUCGGACAUGGUGCCCACCUGCAGCGCUCUGGCCCGCAAGCCAGACAAACUGACUAUCCUCCGCAUGGCUGUGUCCCACAUGAAGUCCAUGAGAGGGACCGGGAACACGUCCACUGACGGGGCGUACAAGCCCUCGUUCCUGACCGAACAGGGUCUACAAACCCUCCUCCUCAGCAAACAGGAGUUGAAGCACCUCAUCUUGGAGGCGGCCGACGGCUUCCUGUUUGUGGUCGCCGCGGAGACGGGGCGCGUGAUCUACGUGUCUGACUCGGUGACGCCGGUGCUCAACCACCCGCAGUCGGAGUGGUUUGGCAGCACGCUGUAUGAGCAGGUGCAUCCUGACGACGUGGACAAGUUGCGGGAACAGCUCAGCACCUCAGAGAAUUCCAUGACAG